AACCAGAAGAGAAUGUAACUCCACUAGAUAUGAAAAUAACAGCUGAAACUUUAAAUGUCCUAUUUAGGACAACAGAAGAGGCUCACGAAUAUCCUACAAGUGAACCUACACCAUUCCAAGGGCUGGAAACCUUCGGACAGCCUGAUACAAUCACAGCUGUGACUGAAUAUAAAAUCGAGACAGAUUCUACAAAAGCACAACAUGAAGAACUGUCAACCAGAAUUCAGACGGCUACAUCUACUGCUGAACUUAUGACAGGUUCUAUCUCUGGCACAGGAGUCAGUACUUUACAAACUACAAUGUUCACGCCUGAAAGCAAUAUAGAGGCAACUCCAGGUAAUUUAUUUGUAACAUCCAGUGAAAUGCAGUCAUCAGCCACUUCAUCAGAGACAUUCACAAGAGUUGAUACUGGACUUUUAACAAACAUCCCAAAAACAAUGGAACAGGUACUUAUAACAGGGACGUUCACGACAACGGAAUAUAUAGCAUUAGAAGAAACAUCACUAGCAACAUCAACAACUUCAGCUGAUGUUUCAACAACAGCUGAGCAUGGAACUUCCCCAGAAUCUUUAUCGGAAAUUUUGAUUGAAUCAGAUUCUAAAGCUACAGUGGAAACACCGACCCCAGCACAAAAGAUUCUGACAUCUGUAGUCAUGGAAUCUGCCACAGUAAUUUCCACUGAUGACAACAUUUCAGGAAAAGAAUUUUCAUCAGGAACUGUUGCUGCCAGUCAAGCACCGUCCACAUUACCAGAAUUAUUACAGAGAGCAGGAUCUGGAAUAUCACCCGAAACAUUAAUGUCCACAUCUGAGACUUUUACAGAAAUGUUAAUGCGAACUGAUCAUGUAGCAUCAGAUGAAACAUCCAAAAUCACAUCAACAACUUCAGUUGAUAUUUCACCAAAAGACAAGCAUGUGACUUCACCAGAAUCUGUAUCAGAUGUUUUGCUCAGAUCAGAUUCUGUAUCUAUGUUUGAAGCAGCGACUCCAAAACAACUCAUUAAUGACCAAAGUUCUACCAUGAGAGCACAGUCUCUGACUUCUACAGCCAUGAAAUCUGCCACAGUAAUUUCCACUGAUGACAAUAGUUCAGGAAAAGAAUUUUCAUCAGGAGGCGUUGCUGCUACUCAAAUACCGUCCACAUUACCAGAAAUAUUACUGAAAGCAGGAUCUGGAAUAUCACCCGAAACAUUAUCGUCCACAUCUGAGAGUUUCAUAGAGAUGUUAAUGAGAACUGAACAUGUAGCAUCAGAAGAAACAUCCACAAUCACAUCAGCAACUUCAGUUGAUAUUUCACCAAAAGACAAGCAUGUGACUUCACCAGAACCUUUGUCAGAAGUUUUGAUUACAUCAGAUUCUGUAUCUACGGUUGAAGCAGCGACCCCAAAACAACUCAUUAAAGAAGAAAGUUCUACCAUGACAGCACAGUCUCUGAGUCCUACAGCCAUGACAUCUGCCACAGUAUUUUCUACUGAUGACAACAGUUCAGGAAAAGAAUUUUCAUCAAUAACCAUUGCUGCUACUCAAGCACCAGCCACAUUACCAAAAUUAUUACCAAAAGCAGUAUCUGGAAUAUCAGCCGAAACAGUAAAAGCCACAUCUGAGUCUUUGCCAGAUUUGUCAAACACAGGAGUUCAUGUAACUCCAUUAGAAACAAAAAUUGCCACUGGAUCUAUAAACCUAUUUAGGACAACAGAGGAUGUUCAUAAAUCCCAUACAAGUGCCUCUACACCAUUCAAAGAUCUGGAAUCCUUAAAACAGUCUGAUGCAGUCACAGAUGUGCCUGAAUAUGUCAUAGACACAGCAUCUACAAAAGCAUCAAAUAAAGAUCCUUCAACCAGAAUUCAGACUAGUUCAUCUACUCCUGAUAUUGUGAGACUUUCUCUUUCGAGCACAGCAGAUGAUACUUUAAAAACCACAAUGUUCAUGUCUGAAACCAAUAUUGUUUCAGCUCCAGGUACUUCACCUGUGACAUCCAGUGAACUGAAAUCAUCAGCCCUUUCAACAGAAGUAUUGAAAGCAGCUGAAAAAAUAACUUUAAUGUCAUCAACAGAAGUUAUUUUAACUGAGAUUUUAACUAGAGCUGAACAUGUAGAACAAGAAAAAACUAGCAGGACCACAUCUACAACUUCACCCAGUAUUUCAGCAACAUAUGAGACUGUGGCAUUACCAGAAUCAGAAUCUGAAUUUCCACUGAAUUUCCAAUCAGAUUCUGUACCUACAGUGGAAGCAAUAACCCCACCACAACUCAUUUAUAUAGAAAGUUCUUCCAUGGCGGGAGAGCUACUGAAUUCAGCAGUCACAAAAUUUACCACAGUGAUCUCCACAAACAAUAAUAUUUCAACCAAAGAAUCUUCCUCAGCAACAAUAACUGCAACUCAAACAGCAACCACCUUAUCAGAAACUUUAACAACAGCUAGAAAUGGAUCUCUACCAGAAACAUCAAAUGAUAAUAGUUCAACCAAAGAGUCUUUAUCAGUAACAACAACAGAAACUCAAGCAGCAGCCAUAUUACCAGAAACAUUAACAGCCACUUCUGAAACUUUACCAGAUAUGCCAAAACCACAAGGGCAUGUAACUUCACCCAAGAUGAACAUAACAUCUUUAAAUUUAUCACCAACAAUGGGCAUGAGUGCAGUUGCAACUGAACUGCCAGUGACUGCAGACUCUACAGCUACAAAGGCAACCCUGACUCCUGCAGCUACUAAUGCAUCACUGACUUUGACUGAGAAAUCAACUGUGAAUUUGAAUACAGCCGAGCAGUCUGUUGCAACCUAUAUCCCGACCAACCUUUUAAGUCAGUCUACUCCUUUUAUUCAGCCUCUUAUUGAGUCUGUCACAACCACAUCUACACUUACAUCUGCUGCUGAACAUGCAAGGCUUUUUGUCUCUGGGUCAGCAGCUGAAAUUUCCACAACUCUUGUAACUCUUGAUGUGAUGUCCACAGCUGACAAUAGUCCAACUAAAGGUCCAUUCGCAACAACAGCUGUAUCAGACAUAUCACCAAAAUUUCAAAGAAGUGUACUUCAGGGUUCAUCAAUUAUGUCCUUGAGUACAACAGAAACAUUUCCAACACUGUUAGUAGGUGGUCCUGUAACUUCACCAGAAAGCUCCACUUUGGUAACACUGCCAGAAACAUCAGCAACAGAUGAACACGCAACUUCAACAGCAGAAAUAUUAACAUCUGUAACAUUAGGACAAAGAAAAACCACCCCUGUGUCUGCACAACAUUUUUAUGUUUCAGCAGAAUUGGAUGCUUCUACAAUUACAAAGCCCAUGGAAGACCAGAUUUCACCCAUGUCAACUGAAAUAUCAAUUGAUCCAUCAUCUAUGACUGUUUCUACUACAUCAUCCAUGCCUAUAAUAAUCUCUGAAGCUGUCACUGCUGUAAACACCAGCACUUCUGCUAUUUCAACUACUUCCUUAGCCUUUCAGGCUGGAAACAUCAUGACAGAACCAGCUAAAGGAGAAGAAGGAGUUCUUACUUUACAUUUUCGCAUGCAAAGAGUUUUCAUUUCUGCUUACAACAACACUGCCUCAGCUCAGUACAUCACUCUGGCCAACAAUAUCACUUCUGAAUUGGACCGAGUCUACCAAGAGCUGUUUCCCCACACAUACCUUAGAUGCUAUGUCUUAAGAUUCUGGCCUGAUCCAAUGAGUGUGGAUGUUCAGCUAAUCUUUCUAAAUGAAACAGUUGUUCCAAAUAUAACAUUCACAAUUGAAUCUCUAAUAUCAGCAAUACAUGACUCUAAGGCUUUCCUGGACAUUAUCCUAUCCAGUAUCUCUGCUACAGUGGACCGGGAAAUAUUGACAAAUUUGAGUAUAAGCACCACCACCCGGACUUCCGCCCCCAACGCCACCAUCACAACCACUGCAAACAUCAUUACCUCUGCCACCACCAUGACCACCAUCAGCACCGCUCCUAUAGAAACCCAAACCAUCAUGAAGCUUACAGAAAAGCCAUUCAGUGAAGCCACAACAUCUCUACCUAGUAUACUGACUGUCUUGUUUAUGGUCAUUUUUCAUUUCAUAACGUGAAGUGAAUUUAAUGGAGCCAUUUAAGCACAAAAUUAGAAUACGUUUAAUGGAUUUUAAUUAUUUAUAGGCA